AUGUCUACAAAUUCUCUUCCAGCAGCUAUUUUGUCUCAUAUGAUAGCUAUUAACAAUGUGCCUCUUCCUCUACCUCGCAACAUACCAAACUUGAAAAUGUCCAAGAACAUUGAUUACAAUCAUUUGAAUGCAUUAUGCCAUAUGAGAGGACUACAACACAGCCAGUCUACAUCCAGCGUCUUAUCGGUUCACAAUACAUUUAUGAAGCAAUAUCCUAAAAUAUUUCUGCAUAAUAAAAUCAGACUUCCUAAACUUUCCAAACACGAGGAAAAAAGAAAACCUAGUGAAAGCAGAAGAAAAAGUUCACGCCAACCACCUGAUGUUUCUCAUAAUAUAGCUGACCAUGUUAAAAAAGCACAUGCUGGCCUCAUUUUAUAUGGACGAAGAAAAUCCACAGACCACUCGGUAGAGCUCCUAACUAUCUUAAAAAAAUUGCCUAUUCACAGGACACCACAUGAACACAAAACUGUAUGGAAGAUUCUGAAAACAGUUCCAGAUUUAGCUUGUCAGCUUAGCGAUGAGCAUCUGAAAACACUUAGUAAACGUGUCAUUUCUGAAACCUGGGUGAAAGGCUGUACAGUGGUUGGAAAUGAUGGAUUUUAUAUAAUACUAAAAGGCCUAGCUCGACCUAAAAGAAAGGCAUUCAGAAGUUGGAGUGAAGACAGUGAUUCAAAAGGCUCUUCCAUACCUCAUAGUCGUCAUAGCUAUAUUUUGAAUGAAGAACACUCAAGCUUUAUAUUUACUACAAUGAACCUGUAUUCACAUGACUCAAUGCUUAAAAAAUGGAGCACCUUUGGAUCCCUGGAAAUGACACCUGAAACACAGCCAUUCUCAGUGGUGAUAGUAGAUGAUUGUGAAAUUCUUAAAAUCCCUGCACAGGAAUAUGCAAAAUUAAAAUUGGAAAAAAUAAAACUUGAAAAUGCACAAAAGUCGAGGUUAAUCCGUAAGUGUCCCUAUUAUUCGGGAUGGCCUACUUUAGCCAUAUAUGAGCUGACUGAUCUUAUUAAAUGGAAAAAAUUUCCUCCCGGUCAUGUGAUAGCAGAAAGUGGAAAUAUACUUUCUUUUGUGGGUUAUAUUCAUUCUGGAUAUUGUAAAAUUUACAGAAGUAUUAUAGCACUUGUGAAACUACAGUCAAAUAGAGCGAAAAAAUGUGAAAAACUUGUUUACAUGGGUAAACUUAAAGCAAAAGAGUCCUUUGGUGAGAUAAGUGUUCUUCUUCAAGUUCCUUUCACAUGCACAGUCAUAACUGGAAAAGAGGUUGAAAUGGCAAUCAUUGAAGAUAAGGAUCUAUUUGAAUUAGACCCGGUGACCAUACAACUUAUGAUCCAAACAGCUAAACCAACUUUCGGCCAUCUGACAGAUUUACCUUCCUCCUAA